AAAGAAACUGAUAUCGUAGGAACGUUUAUGUGCCCAUUGUGUGCAUGUUUAUAAUGUCAUUAAUGUUUUGAGACGCAUGUUGGUCGUCUCAUGAGAUUUGGAAGUUGGGUUAUGUCCGACCUCAAGGUUGGACAAUUUUGAAGGCAGCGACCGUAAGUUAAUGUUGUAGAUUUCUUGCACGCAUGGGCGUCUAAAAUAUCCUAUUAGAAUGGCAGCGCCUGGUGUUGCAUCAUUGAGGCGCAUUUUAACCUGUGCUCCCCGAACGACCGUACUUGACAAUGGUGUUCGGGAUUGGUGGGGUUUUGUGAGGCAAGCGCAUUUGCGUUCCUUAGUUGGGGAUGUAAGUGAGAUUGACUCAACUGGAAAACAUGAGGAUGUCAAGGCUCCGAGACUGCAAUGGAAGGAGCUACCUCCGGUUCCAUUGGAAUCAGCGGUCCGUGUUUUAGAAAAGAUUGGAAGUUACAAUGAAGGAUCCGAGAGUGGUCACAAUAAAUUGAAGAGGCUAACGGCGCUACGAUGGGUUGCCAAGUGCUGUCCCAACGUCCCUCACAGCUUGCUCAACAAGCUCUUUCGUUUGCGGCAGAAAACAGGUGGCCUGUCUACCUUCUCUACCAGAUUCGAAUACAGGCACCUCAAGAGAUUUCUUCCAGUGACGGAGUUGAGAAACCUAAGGACACACGGCUUAGAAAGAUUUCAGCAAAAGAUACACUUCAAGAGGGCGCAGUGCUCUGUAUACCGGCAGCCGUUUCUGAAAGUUUAUAUGAAACGAAUUCAGCAACAAACGUUCCAAAAAUAGCUCUCCAUGAUAUAAAGUAUUUGCGCAGUACAAUUCUUCACAAGGAUGCCGAGAUAAUAGUCAUUAACAAGCCAAGUGGACUAGCUGUUCAGGGUGGCAGUGAUGUGGUGAAAAGUCUGGACUCGAUGAUGGAAGCUGCUCUUUCUUACAACUACAACGAAGGACCUCGGCUGGUUCAUAGGCUGGAUAAAGAAACCAGUGGAGCAUUGGUCCUUGGACGUACCCACCAAAGUACCGUCUUUUUGCAAGCUUUGUUACGGAACAAAACAGAAAAGAUAUCUCAAGCUCCUGGGGGCAAAGUAGUUAGUGUCGAGCGAUGUUAUUUGGCUUUAGUGAUCGGAGUUCCUGAGAAAAAAGAAGGCCGAAUAUCAGCACCACUUGCAAAGGUAGUCUCGGACAGUGGCAAACUUGAUAAAAUGCGGGUAGUCCAUGGAAGUCACCCAAACGCUCAAGAAGCCAUUACAGACUACAAAGUUUUGGGAUCUUCUCUUUUUGGCUGUUCAUGGUUGGAGCUUCGUCCUUUGACUGGGCGCAAACACCAGAUUCGCGUCCACUGCGCGGAAGUGCUGGGCAUGCCAAUAGUAGGCGACUAUAAGUAUGGUUGGCGGGCUCUUCGAUUGUGGCCUCCAACCGAUCGUACUGAGGACACCAAGUCUUCUGUCUUGGGAUUAAGGGAAAGUGGUCAUGUCUGGUCAAGUAAGCCUUAUUUACAUCUCCACUGUCGUCAGCUAAUACUUCCAGACGUUGCACAAGCGUUUAAAAGCCAAUCUAGAGAGCGGUCAUCUGCUCAGACAGGUGCUAGAGUCAGUGGAAGCCAGUUUGCAGAACCAUUAGAAAUUAUUGCUCCUUUACCUCCUCACAUGGUAGUAAGCUGGAACAUGAAACCGCUUAAUGACUUCCCAAUGAUUUGAUGUCCCCCUGCAGCAACAUGCUGACAGAUAGUGUACUUGCUUGAGAGCCAAAGAUGUAUUGAGGUGUUACAAAUUACAACAGCGCUAAGUUUUUGGAAACACUUAGUACUGAAGAAAUCAUUGUAUCGACUUUGGGUUCUGACGAAGAAAGGUUCCCUUUCUUCCUGACAUAGAUACACAAACUGAGAGUGCCAUGUGAACAAGUCCGUGCUAUGUCUUACUCGGCCUGAACAGUGUACUUUGGAGGGUCUAGCAGGACAGCUCUGCACUGGCGAUGUAAUGUAUCAGCCUGCGUAUCUGUGCUGUUCAAGACUUA